GAUGAUGAUCAACCGAUGGAAUGUCAUUACGUGUUUAAACUGGAGUCUUAUCAUACGAUGAGCAAAGCGUGUUACGAUUGCCCGUUCAAUAUCACGGAUUGCUUUCGAACGGAUUGUAUUCCUACCGAUGGUAUUGGGAGGUCGAUCUUGGUGGUUAAUCGACAGAUGCCUGGACCGUCUAUCGAGGUGUGUCAAGGCGACCGGAUAAUAGUCGACGUUAUAAACUUACUGCAUUCCGAAAGCACCACGAUGCACUGGCACGGGCAACAUCACGUGAAAACACCGUAUAUGGACGGUGUACCGUACGUGUCUCAAUGCCCAAUUCUACCGGGAUCGAGUUUUCGUUACGAUUACGUCGCGACUGAAGCGGGCACGCAUUUCUGGCAUUCCCAUCUAGGUUUCCAGCGAGGCGACGGAGUAUUCGGUCCAUUGAUCGUUCGUACGGCGCCGAAACAAAACUGGCAUAACAGCUUGUACGACGUCGACGAACAUGUCGUGUCGAUUGCGGACUGGACCCAUGAAUUGGGAAUCGAUAAAUUUUUGAGUCACCAUCACGCAGGCGGUGACAAUAAACCGCCAAAUGUACUGAUCAACGGGGUGGGUCGUUUCUCGAGCGAUCGUGGUGGUAGCAACGUUUCCGCUGUGAUGCCAGUCGCAACGUUUGUCGUUAAGCAGGAUAUGAGGUACAGAUUCCGCCUCAUCAACGCCGAGUUUCUCAAUUGCCCGGUCGAAUUGUCCAUCGACAAUCACACAAUUCACGUGAUCAGUUCGGACGGUCGUGAUAUCGAGCCAGUCGAAGCGAAAACUUUGGUGAGUUACGCCGGUGAACGAUUCGAUUUCGUCGUCGCCGCGAACCAAGGAAUAGAUAACUAUUGGAUACGUAUACGAGGAUUAAUGGAUUGCGACGAAAGGUUCACGAAAGCUUUUCAAACGGGCAUAUUGCGGUACGAAGGGGCGAUCGACGCUGAUCCUGAAGGUGACGUCACUUACGAACGUGAGUCGGAUCCUCUGGAAAAGGUAUAUAAGCUGCGAUUUAGCUUGAACGCCUUGAAUGAGGGCACCGAGACGAACAACAGUAUUAGCGUACCAUUGUUAAGAGCAAUGGACGAAAACGAUAAGUCGAACAGCAUAGAACCGGAUUAUCAAUUUUACGUGUCUUAUGACUUUUACAAGAAAGACAAUCCACACUUUCAUCCCAGUAACUAUUACGGCUUCAAUCAAGUUAAAGAGGCCAUGCGAGUACUCACACCUCAAUUGAAUCAUAUCUCGAUGAAGUUACCGCCUGUACCAUUGUUGUCCCAACGGGACACCGUGGAUCAGACUAAAUUCUGCAACGAGAGUACCGUGCAAGGUUGCGAACAGGAUUACUGUGCCUGUACCCACGUGCUUCGCGUUAAGCUUGGCAGCGUGGUGGAACUAGUUUUAGUGGACGAAGGUUUUGCUUACGACGCGAAUCAUCCGUUUCAUAUCCACGGAUAUCAAUUUCGUGUGAUCGCUAUGGAAAGGGUCGGCAGAAACGUCACUGUCGAGAGCGUGAAAAAGUUGGACAAAGACGGUAAAAUACGCAGAAACCUUGAUCACGCUCCUCUGAAAGAUACGGUGACUGUGCCGGACGGUGGUUACACGAUCGUACGAUUUCAUGCUAAUAAUCCAGGUUAUUGGUUGUUUCAUUGUCACAUCGAAUUUCACGCUGAGGUCGGUAUGUCGUUGAUCUUCAAGGUUGGAGAACACGAGGACAUGCCACCGGUACCACGUGAUUUCCCUUCAUGCGGUGAUUGGCGCUCGAAGACACCGCAGAACGUUGAAUCUCCAAAUAGUGUUUCCUCCAGUGCGACGAAAAACCGAACUAACGAAACGUCGAACACCGCGAUGGACGAAAGCAGCGAUAACAGUGUGCAACAGGUCGUAAAACUGUUGGCCCAAAUUCUAAGAACAUUGCAAAUCUCGUCGUCUACGCGUACCUCGCUUAGUUCGUACUUUUUGCUUUGUUUUUGCAUUUUCGUUACGGUUGUUUCCACAUUUUGGUAACAUACACAUAUCCGUUACACCUAGACUUCCGAUGAUAAUUCAUUUCGUUCAAUCGUUGCGGUGGUAGGAAACGAAAGAAUGGUGCGAAAUAUAGUAUUAUCGUUUUUCGAAUAAGAAAAACAUUUUGUGCGCGACUUACGGGUAUGUAACCUUGCGAGCAAACUC